GUAAUGCUAAAGCUCUUUACGUAAUGCGAAGCUCCAAUAAUCGUAGAUUACUUGACUGGUAACACUGGUAACUCGACUAUAGUUGCAUGAUUCAUCGUGUGCCUUUUUCCAAUGUCUUAUCAGUCGAGUAAGCCGGAACGUUUGUGUUGUGAUAAUACCUUAAUUCUGUUAAUUAUGGUUCUCAAAGGUGUACGAUUUCUCGUGUUUUCUACAUAAUUAAAGUACAUUACAGUUUAAAAGACCUGCAUUUCGUCCUGUUCUACACUUUCCAAUAAUUUGUGCGUCUGGUAAUCGACAGUGACGGUUACACCAAGAUGAACGAUUCGUCGAUGGAUUUGCAAUGUUUGGCUGCAAAAUGUGUGGGCAUUUGGCUGAUACACGAAUGGGCCGAUGGCGAAAUACCCGUAAUCGACGUUUGGAAAAACGACGCAAACAAAUACAACACUUGCUCGGAUCACGACUGGUUUUUGUGGCAGUUAAACGAAAUGGAAGUACCUCGAUUCACGAAUAUAAACCUACCGAAUAAGAUUAGAUUCUUAAUCGAAGACAACAUGGCGCCGAUCAUCGACCAAGUAUUGAUUUGGAUCCAGUAUCAUCAUGAAAGGAAUUUCUUCCACGAUCAACCAUCGUCUUCGUUGAGCGAGUACAUCGUGAAGCUAGUUUGGAACCAUCAUUUUCAAAUCGACUACACCGCUACCGCCGCAAAGAUCUUGACCAAUGAGAACCUAAGUCCAUUGGAAAGGUUCAGAUUCGCCAGUAUGUAUUGCAUCGUCGAAGAAAUGAAAAAGUUUCGCGACUUGAUGGCUGCAGAGUCGGUACCGGAAUGGGAUUUUUCAGAGGAUCCGUUCCUAGUGUAUUGGAGCAAGUAUUUGAAAAACGAGUUGGAUACGUGUUCGUUACCCGGAGUCACCGAUAAGUUUCCUUUAGACGAGUUGAUGUUUAUUAAAACGUUGGAAAAGUUUGAUUCGUGGCCAGCAGUCGUGUACUUUUUUGACAAAUUGGACUCUGCGAGCAAAUCCAGCAAAUUCGAAGAUAUCGUCGAAUGGUGUGGUGAAAGAUACCUGAAAGAUUUGUUGGCCAAAUUGACAGAUAAAAAAUGGAAGCUCGCGAGUCGGUCUGCAGUUUUGAAAUUAAUGGUCGAGAAAAUCGUCGAAUAUGGUACUUUGGACGACGUACGUUUGAUUUGGCAGCUGUUCGGGAGUGAAAUGGAUUCGAAGGAUUUCUGCGUUAUUCUCGAAACACUAGUACCUUUAUCCAUGAGAAACGAGAGCAAUUUCGAAAAAUGGACCCCAUUGUUGAUGGAAAUUUGGACCGGCGCUAGCGGCGAAUUGAAACAAUCGGCCAUCGAUAUGAAAUUAUGGCCGAGUAUCGGUGAAAAAUUCAUCUCGCGUAUUCCGCUCGUAUAUUCCAAGGAAUUUCACGCACUUCGCCAGAUCAGCGAUCCGAUGAAAUUCAUCAGACUGACGUUGAUAAGCAUGGAAUCGGACGCGAAGAAAAGAAAGGAAUUUUUCGCUCAGAAUUUCCACUGGUUGAUCAUUUGGGCACCGUUUACCGAGGUAGAAAAAUUGAUGCAAGAUUUUCUGGAACAAUUCGAUUACGAUGUUGUCGAGUUGAAAAAUGAAAUCGCCAAUUCUUCCGAUAUCGAUCGAUCGCUGCUCAGGUUCAUACUUUUUGUCGAUUUUGACCAAUUGGACGAAUUGGACGCCGCGUUAUCGUUUCUCCGUAAUUCCAGAAGGAUUUUGGAACUUCUCAACGAUGAUGACAUUAACUUUCGCGGGUGCUUCAUAACCCUUAUAUGGAAUUUAUUGGGGCCUAAGACGGAUCCGAAUGUGUUUUAUGGGCCUAUGUUUUUUUACUUGUAUUUCGCAAUUUGGAAAAUACUCUUCCGUUAUGCGAAGAUGGCCAUUUCGGAAGCUCGUAUCGCGCCAGAUUCGUUCGUGAAUGAUUUGAUCGAGCUGGGAUGGUUUCGAGAAAUUUGUUACUGGCGCACGGAACCGAUUGCGACCCGAAUGGGCAUUUUGCAGCAGAUGGAGCGCUACUUGUUCAAGCUGCUUGACUACUCCAACGAACCUGAUUUCGAAUUAUUGAAAAAAAAGUUCAAAGUUUACCUUUUUACGAGUUUAUUCGAUACCAAGUGCCCGGUAGAAAGAGUUUUUAAUCGAGUAAACGUGCAGAAUUUUUUGCUGUGGAUUUACAACGGCGACGAACAAUUAAUCGAUGACGAUUUCAAGCAGUCGGGCCAGUUUGCUGAUGGGUUUUUGGUUCAGUUGAAAUUUUGCGUUAACGAAGAGUGCUUCCAAGCUACCAGAUCGAUGGAAGAGUUUUUAGAGUGGUGCUUCGAAACGGAAGCAGAAAGAAGAGAGUUCAAAAUGGGCAUGAUUUAUAAAUUCCGCGAGUAUAAGCUCAUCGAAGAUUUGUUGACGCGUAGAAAGUAUCGUAGGGCUAUAUUGUUUUGGUUUUUCGACGGCGAUGUCAGUGCAAUUGAGAAGUUCGCAGUGGAAUAUUCGCGUAAUCCGAUCCAUACUGUGAAUGCUGCUGAAGCUGAUUCGGAUCCUGAAGCUGAUGACAGUCAAGAAUGAAGUUGCAAGCGGAUGAUUGGCGAGAUCAAACAACAUUUUUGAUGUGAUUCGCGAUCAAUGAAGGAUUUAGAUUUUCAAAUAUCAAUUUUCGUGAAUUUGUAUCGAGUAUGUUAUCAACUUUAUUUUUUGUUUUAAAAUGUUACUUAAUUUUUUUCUCAAGUUUAUUCUUAUCGUAUUGAUGAAAACUAUUUUGAAUAGAUCGUAUUCGUCUUUUUUUUUUUUCGAUUUAAAUGCCUAUGUAGUUACCUGUGUAUGAUCUAGGUCGACCCUUCUAGAGGUGCAAAUUUAAAUGUAUUUUUGUCCAAAUUUGUACAAGUUCCUCGUCAACCAAAUUAUAUAUUUCUUUGUUUUUUUUAAAAAAUAUUUUAUUGUUUUAAGUUAAAAUACAAGUUUUUCUUUUUUA